ACGUAAAGAAUUUAAAUCCGGAUCAUCUUCUCUCUCUCUGCAACCCGCAGAGAUGCAGUGGGGAGCACGCGCACAUCCACACACAGAAAUGAAAGAGCAGGAAGAAAAACAGAAGGAAGAAAGAAAAAGCCGCCCACCCGCUUCAUUAUUUCCCUCCUCCUCUCUUUAAUAAAUGUUUAAAGGUGAAAGUUGCAGGGCACGCCAUUGGGCCUUGUAAGUGCACCAUUUUUCUCGCCAACCCACAUGGGAAAAACCCCCUAAAAAUCCUCACCCUCAUCCUCCUGCUUCCUUUUUUAAUUCAGCUUCUGCCUCCUCCCCAACUCUCUCUCUCUCUGUCUCGCAAUUUUUUUAUACCAUUGUUAUUGGUGAAAAAAGAAUGAAGUAAGAUCUCAUCAGUGUGGCUCUCCUCCCCUUGGAUGGACCUCCUUGGCCAUCAUAAUAGCCAUAGAAGAAGACAACAGAGAUGGUUCAAACUAGCCUCCACAGACUCUCAAAAUUCUUCCAAAAUGGACGCUAGCGGUCUCAGGAUCUCUCCAGCCGUCUUCGCCGUCUCCAUCAUUUAUCUGCUCCUCCUCGUCUGCACCUGCCCUGUUUCCUCGUCCAUCUCGCCUGAUUCCGGCGUCCCAUCGACCAACCAGACUUUUAAUGUGGGGGAGGAGUUGAAGAAGCUGAGGAGGAUCAGAGCUCACCUCAAGAAGUUCAACAAGCCUUCUGUCAGGACAAUUCAGCAGAGUCCAGACGGUGACGUGAUUGACUGUGUUCUUUCUCACCUCCAACCAGCAUUUGAUCAUCCAAAAUUGAGAGGAGGAAGGCCUUUGGAUCCGCCUGAGAGGCCUAAAGGACACAACACUGAACCAGGGACGGAGGCACAGAACUUUCAAUCAUGGAACAUGAGGGGAGAGUCAUGCCCAGAAGGAACCGUGCCCAUCAGGAGGGUGACCGAGGCCGACAUUCUGCGGGCCAGCUCUCUUGCGAGAUUUGGACGGAAGGCAAGGAGGCCGGCACUGAGGGUGGUCCGGCGAGACACGACCAGCAGCAGUCAUGAGCAUGCAGUCGGAUACAUGUCAGGGGAGCAAUACUACGGGGCCAAGUCUAGCUUAAAUGUCUGGGCCCCUUUUGUGAACAACCGAAAUGAGUUCAGCCUAUCACAGAUGUGGGUGAUCUCUGGCUCCUUUGGGGAGGAUCUCAACACCAUUGAAGCCGGAUGGCAGGUCAGUCCCGAGUUGUACGGAGACCUUCGUCCCCGAUUUUUCACCUACUGGACGACCGACGCGUACCAGACGACUGGCUGCUACAACCUACUGUGUUCUGGGUUCGUCCAGACCAACAAUAGGAUCGCCAUUGGUGCAGCCAUCUCUCCCAUCUCCACCUACAAUGGCGGCCAAUUUGACAUCAGCCUGCUGGUCUGGAAGGAUCCGAAACAUGGGAAUUGGUGGCUGGAAUUUGGAUCGGGAGUGUUGGUGGGGUAUUGGCCGUCGGUGUUGUUCAGCCACCUAGCGGACCACGCCAGCAUGGUGCAAUUUGGAGGAGAAAUUGUGAACACCAGGCCUUAUGGAAUCCACACGAACACUCAGAUGGGAAGCGGCCACUUUUCCGACCAGGGAUUCGGAAAAUCCAGCUAUUUCCGGAACUUGCAGGUGGUUGACUGGGAUAACAACUUGAUCCCUCCGACCAACCUUCGUGUUGUGGCUGAUCACCCCAACUGCUACAAUAUUCAAGGAGGGAUCAACAGGGUAUGGGGAAAUUAUUUCUAUUACGGCGGCCCUGGAAGAAAUGCAAGGUGUCCAUGAAAAAAAGAUGACGAAGGGCUUCUUUCUUUAGCUAUAAGUUACCCAUUUUUUUUUUGCUUUUAUUUUUUUCAGCGGUUUAUUGAUUAAUUUUAUACCACCUUCUCAUGGUAUGUAAAUUCUAGGGGAAAAAAUUAGUGAAAUAUACAACGGCUUGUGUUGUGCUA